GUUUUUGUAUACAAUUACAUUGUGAUAAGCAUAAUUUAUAAGAAAAAAUGGGUGAUGCACUGAAAAAACUAGUCGCAGCCAGAGGACAAGCCAAAGGGUUUAUGACCCGUUUAAGGGCUUACAUAAACAACAUAGAUCCAGAUGACAAAGAGGUCAUAGACACGGUGGAAGCUGCUUACUUUGAGAUGGCUGCAUAUCUCAAUUCGCAGUUAAUGCCUAUUGGUGUCGAUUCUACUCUCGCGCGACCUGCGCAAGAGGCCGGUUACGGCGGAUACCAAAGGCUCCCACGCAUUGAGAUCAAAAAAUUCAACGGCGAGAGGACCGGGCUGCGGCACUGGAAACCCUUGCCCAGGCGCAACCCCCAACCAAGAGAAGCAGCUUAGUAGUCGCUGCGACAAGUGAUGGUUCUACCAAACAAUCUACAAAAAGCUUAAAAUAAUUUACUGCGAGACCAACUGCUGGCACAGCCUGGUGGUCCGUACCUCCAUAACACACGUUUUGGCUACAUUGUAGCUGGGAGAGUGAGUAACAGCGAACGAGCUGACUCCUCUCAUCUUACAGCAGCGGUU